AUGUCUGCCCCAGGUCUCCAAGAUGUCUGCCCCAGGUCUCCAAGAUGUCUGCCUCAGGUCUCCAAGAUGUCUGCCUCAGGUCUCCAAGAUGUCUGCCUCAGGUCUCCAAGAAGUCUGACCCAGGUCUCCAAGAAGUCUGCCCCAGGUCUCCGAAAUGUCAGCCCCAGGUCUCCAAGAAGUCUGACCCAGGUCUCCAAGAAAUCUGCCCCAGGUCUCCGAAAUGUCUGCCCCAGGUCUCCAAGAUGUCUGCCCCAGGUCUCCAAGAUGUCUGCCCCAGGUCUCCAAGAAGUCUAA